AUGGACCUUCAGCUGGUGAUGCUCGGCGUCUCGAGCGCGUUGACGCUAUUUUCGUUCCUUCUCUCGAGCUGGCAUGUAUGGAGCCACCACACGUACUACGAGGCAGCCACGCGGCUCCGUCGUGACGUGCGGUGCAUCUUGCUCUUCGUGCCCGUCUCUAUUGCCACGACGUACGUGAAGCUGGCCUUUCCCACCACGAAGCUUCUCUUUGCCACGCUCCGGAAUUGCUGCGAGCCCGUCGUGUUGUAUGCCUUCUACGAUUUUCUCGUGAUCUGGCUUGGCGGUCCGUCCGUUCUCGUCGAGUCGCUUCGGGGCAAACGACAAGUGAGGCACUGGGCCGGCGUCCAAUACUACCUCGAGCCGUGGCCCAUGAACAGUAUCUUUCUACGCUUGACCGCGGCUGGCAUUUUGCAGUACAUCGCCGUAAAGCUCGCCGUGACGUUCCUUAUCGUCGUCUCGUCGCUCCUCGGCAUCUACGGCGACGGCGAGAUGUUCAACCCGCUCCGCACGUACGGCUAUCUCUGCGUUGUGCUCACGCUGUCGCAGCUGUGGGUGCUCUACUGCCUCGUGCUUUUCUACCUCGCGACCGUGGACGAGCUACGUCCGAUGCGGCCGCUGCCCAAGUUCCUCGCCAUCACGGCCGUUCUCUUCUUCACGAGCUGGCAAGGCAUGCUGCUCGAGAUUGUAGCGCACAGCACCGACCGCUGGAACGCUGUAGCUUUCUCAGUGCUCAGUGUCGAGUCGUUGCUCGUUGCGAUCGUCCACCUUGUCGUAUAUGACGUGGCAGAUUUCGUGCGCAUCAACAAGUGGCACUACGGCGAAGGCGGUGGGACUUGUGUAGCGAGCAACUUUGCAGCGCUGCCAGCGGCCAUGGCCGCCGACGUCAAGGACGCUGCCGAGACGAUGCGCAAGGACGACUUGGGCGGUACGAUUCUCACAAAGAAGCAGCUCCUAGCAGCGGCGUUUGACGAGUAUACGCCGACCUCGUCGCCCUUUGCCUCGCCGACCUCGAGUGGCACAGCGAAUGAGACGACCUACUUGCUCUAA